UUUUUUGUUAAAAAAAUUAUUUUUAAUUAUUUUGACGGAUCCGGAUCCGGACAUCCGCGAAUAAUAGAAUAUCGAGACGGAUAUCCGAAACCCGGAUAUCCGGAAACCACGAAUCCAGAUCCGGAUAUUAAAUCCACGGAUCCGACGGAUCCGGUUACCCUAAAUUUCCCGGAUAUCCGGAUCCGUCCCACCCCUACAAGACACGGGCCACAAGCACAAUCCGGGUCAACAGAUAAAACGAUAAAAUAACAAAAAGCAUGAAAAUUUAACUUUGGGUGUGACAAGAAAGUUUCUUCUCUUUGGUCUGACUAUUCCCUUUGGUCAACGAACCAUUUUACAAGCUUCUGACACAGAAAGUCAGAAACCCAGAUUGGAUAAUGAUGUCUUUUGCUACUUUUCCCUCUCUUUUGUCUUCUCCUCCUUCUCUACGCUUACUCAAUCUUUCUCAGCUUCUUCUUCUCUUGUUCUCGCCAUGAUUGACGAGAAGAUGAGAUCAAAAUCCACUGGUCUCCUUGUGAUUUUUAUUUAUCUUCUUUCCCUCUCUGUCUUCUUUCUUACAGUUUCAGAAGCUGUAUGCAACCUCCAAGACCGAGACUCUCUCCUCUUGUUCUCCACCAACGUAUCAUCUCCACUUUCUCCUUUGCAUUGGAACACGUCUACUGAUUGUUGCUCCUGGGAAGGAAUCUCCUGCGAUGAUUCUCCCCAAAACCGAGUCACUGCGAUUCUCUUGCCCUCUAGAGGUCUCUCCGGUACUCUCCCGCCCUCUGUUUUGAAUCUCCAUCGUCUCUCUCAACUCAACAUUUCUUACAACCGUCUCUCUGGUCCUCUCCCACAAGGCUUCUUCUCUGCUCUUGACCAGCUCACGGUUCUUGAUCUCAGUUACAACAGUUUCAGUGGUAAAUCACCAUUUGAACAAUCAUUAACCAAUGGAAGCAACAAAAACUUCCCAAUUCAGACCGUUGAUCUCUCCAGCAAUCUUUUCCAAGGCGACAUCCUACCCGGUUCUGUUUUCCUUCAGGGUGCUUUCAGGUUAACCAGUUUCAAUGUCAGCAACAACAGCUUCACCGGUCCACUCCCUUCCAUCAUCUGCACAUCUUCACCGCGGCUCACCAAACUGGAUGUCUCUUAUAACAAAUUCACAGGCGUUAUCUCUCAAGGACUAGGCAGAUGCUCCAGGCUAGGCGUUCUUCGAGCAGGCUUCAACAAACUCUCCGGCGAAAUCCCAAAAGAAAUCUACAAUCUUUCUAACCUCGAGGAACUUCUUCUACCAGCAAACCAACUCUCCGGAAACAUCGAUGAUGGGAUCACAAGCCUCACGAAACUGAGACUGCUUGACCUUUAUUUCAAUCAACUUCAAGGAGAGAUACCAAAGAACAUAGGUAAGCUUUUCAAUCUCCGCAGACUCCAGCUCCAUAUAAACAACCUCACAGGCUCCGUCCCCGUCUCUUUAUCCAAUUGCACAAAGCUUGUGAAGUUGAAUCUACGAGUUAACCUUCUGGGAGGAACCUUAUCGAAUGUAGACUUCUCCCGUUUCCAGAGCCUCAGCGUUCUUGACCUCGGAAACAACAGCUUCACCGGAGACUUCCCCUCGACGGUAUACUCCUGCAAGAACCUCACCGCGAUGAGGUUCGCAGGGAACAAGCUAACAGGACAGAUAUCUCCACAAGUACUGGAACUGGAGUCCCUGUCUUUCUUCACAUUUUCACAAAAUCAAAUGACCAACAUCACAGGCGCCCUCAGCAUUCUUCAACACUGUAAAAAGCUCUCUACUCUCAUCAUUGCGAGGAACUUUUACGACGAAACGCUACCAAGCAACGAGGACUUUCUAGCGCCAGGCGCAUUUCCAAAGCUCCAAAUCUUCGGUACUGGCGGAUCUAGAUUGAGAGGAGUAAUACCCGCUUGGCUGAUCAAGCUCAAGAGCGUGGAGCUCAUGGACCUCUCACAAAACCAACUCGUGGGGUCUAUUCCCGGUUGGUUAGGAACACUUCCAAACCUUUUUUACUUGGAUCUCUCAAGUAACCUUCUUACGGGAGAGCUUCCAAAGGAACUGUUUCAGCUGAGUGCUCUCAUGUCCCAAAAGGUGUACGAUGCAACAGAGAGGAGCUAUCUAGAGCUGCCUGUUUUCGUCAGUCCUAACAAUGUCACCUCUAAUCAGCAAUACAAUCAGAUCUCCAGCCUCCCACCCGCGAUAUACGUCAAUAAGAAUAAUCUCAACGGGACUAUACCGGUGGAGAUUGGACGGUUAAAGGUUCUCAUUGUCAUCGAGCUUCAAGCUAAUAACUUCACUGGCAGCAUUCCAGAUGAGUUGUCAAACCUCACAAACUUAGAGCGGCUGGACCUCUCCAACAACAGUUUAUCCGGUAGGAUCCCUUGGUCGCUCACGGGACUCCAUUUCAUGUCUUACUUCAAUGUUGCCAACAACACUCUCAGUGGGCAGAUACCCACAGGAGCUCAGUUUGAUGCUUUCCCAAAAUCAUAUUUUGAAGGAAACCCAUUGUUGUGCGGUGGUGUACUGCUAACCUCCUGCACGUCUCCAAGUACUCAGCAUUCUUCUACAAAGACGAGAGAAAAAGUUAACACACCCCUUGUUGUGGGACUUGUCAUUGGGAUCUUUUUCGGGGUCAGUUUGGUUUUGGUGAUGCUUGCUCUGUGGGUGAUGGACAAGAAGAGGAGGGUUAAUCCAGGAGACUCUGAGCACGCGGGGCUGGAGAUAAGCUCCGACGCCUCGUACUCUGAAGUUCCUUUAGAUUCGGAGAAAGAUAUAAGCCUCGUGCUGCUAUUCGGAAACAGUGGAUACGAAGCAAAAGACCUGACCAUAUUCGAGCUCUUGAAAGCUACCAACAACUUCAGUCAAGCUAAUAUUAUCGGAUGCGGCGGGUUUGGUCUUGUCUACAAGGCUACAUUGGACAAUGGGACGAACGUGGCGGUUAAGAAACUCACAGGAGACUACGGUCUGAUGGAGAAAGAGUUCAAGGCCGAGGUGGAAGUUCUCUCCAGGGCCAAACAUGAAAACCUGGUCGAUCUACAAGGCUACUGCGUCCAUGAAGGUGCACGUAUACUUAUCUACUCGUUCAUGGAGAACGGGAGUCUAGAUUAUUGGCUGCAUGAAAACCCCGAAGGUCCAGCUCAGUUGGAUUGGUCGAAAAGACUUCACAUCAUGAGAGGAGCAAGCUGUGGACUAGCCUACAUGCACCAGGUAUGCGAACCACAUAUAGUACACCGAGACAUCAAGUCCAGCAACAUCCUUUUAGAUGGCAGUUUCAAGGCCUACCUCGGAGAUUUCGGGUUAUCAAGACUGAUCCUUCCGUACCGGACACACGUCACAACGGAGCUUGUGGGCACAUUGGGCUACAUUCCCCCAGAGUAUGGACAAGCAUGGGUAGCUACCUUGAGAGGUGACGUGUACAGUUUCGGCGUGGUCAUGCUCGAGCUUCUCACCGGGAAAAGGCCGAUGGAGGUUUUUAAACCAAAGGUGUCGAGAGAGAUAGUCGCGUGGGUGCAUCAAAUGAGGAAGGAUGGAAAACUAGAGGAGGUGUUUGAUCCGUUGCUGAGAGAGAGGGGUGGUGAUGAAAGAGAGAUGAUACGUGUUCUUGACAUAGCCUGCAUGUGCGUGAACCAGAACCCUAUGAGAAGACCAAAUAUCCAACAAGUUGUGGACUGGCUUAACGAUGUAAGCAAAGAAGAAGCCAAAGAAGAGACGAUGUAACUUGUGUGCCUUUUUUAUACUUUCAUCACACAUACUUGCAUGAAGUAAAUACACAAUUGUUUUUUUUUCCUUGUCAAAUGCAUAUGUUAAACCAUUAUUUUCAUGUCAACUAAAUUUUGAUGGUAAUGGAAGGUUUGAUGAUGUAAA